AUGACUCAAAGUAUGAAGGGACGUGUUUUAGAUUUUAAGGAUGUAAAGGAUUAUUAUAACAAAAUAUUUACAAGCGAGGUACUUAUAUCUUUAGAAAAAGAUAUAAAGUUAGAAGAUUUAAUGUUCUCAUAUAAUUACUAUUCAUAUGUAAUUAAUGAGAAUGAUAAUGUUGAUGAAUCAUAUGUAAUUCCAAGUGAUUAUUUAAAUAGCGAUGUUGAAAUGGAAUAUAAUACUGAUGAUAAUAUUAAGUCAUCAAAUGGUUUUAUAUUAAAAGAACAAGAACGUAUUUAUAAGAAUAAUGUAAAUUAUAAAUAUAGCAAUGAUGAUAUGAUAAAUUAUUUCGACCCUUUAACAAGUGAAGAAGAAUAUGAAGAAAAAAUUGAAAAAACGUUUGAAUAUUUAAACAAUUUAUUAUUAUCAUUAGAUCGUGAUAAUAUAGAUAUGAAUUAUAAUCAUCCUAAUGGAUCUAACUCAUCUAAUAAUUUACAUUUAAUUAAUCAAAUAUGUAUUAAUUUAAAUGUUAUAAAAGAAAAUAAUAAUAUUUACAAACUUGGUAACAUACAAGUUGAUAAGUGUCAAAUAAAUCAAAUUACCUUAAUUAUUAUUGCAUAUAUAAUUACUAGUAUCUUUAAAUUAAGUAUGGGUAGAAAAAUAAUUUUUUCUAAUAAAAAGAUCAAUCAUAUGUUAUUUAGAACUUUACAUUUACAAAAUAUUUAUAUACAAAUAUAUACAUUGAAAAAUUUAAAAAAAUAUAUUAUAGAAGAUGGAGAAUUAUAUGAUAUUAUACAUUUGAAAAUGAUCAAGUUGUGUAUUUUUAGUAAAUCCUUAUGUUCAUUUAAUAGAGCUAAUGAUAUUUUAUUACGCUUACUUAGAGAAAAAAAAUGUCAUUCUAGUGAUAUUUUUGAUUUUUAUUUUUUGAAAAAGCUUAAAUUAUCUUUAGAUCGUUCAGAUAAUAUUCAACGAUUAAGAUUGUUAGAUUUUAUAUCUGAUUGUAUAAAUAUUACUAACGAUGAGAAGUUAUGUAAUUUAUUCAAGUUGGAUGUAUUGUCUUCACAAAUUAAAACACCCAAUAGCAUAAAUGACCACACAAAUGUAAACAAUAAUAAUAAUAAUAAUAAUAAUAAUGAUGGUAGUGAUAUGUACCAGUUUUCUAAUGUAGAGACACAGUUUAAAGAACAUAACCAAAUUAACGACAACGUUGAUAAAUGUGAUGAAUGUGAUGAUGAAUAUAUAAACAUAGAUGAUAUAAUUUAUUCUCAAGUACGUGGUUUAAAAGAUAUUAUGAAAAAACAUAAUUAUAAAAAGGAAUAUAUAUAUCAAAUGAUUAGAAUUGAUUUAUAUAAAUAUUUAUAUAUGAUUUACAUAAAAGAUGAUUUAUUAUUAAAAAUAAAUGUAUUAGAAAUAUUUUCCAAGUUAAUUCAGAAUAUUCAUUAUUCUAAUGGAUUAAAUAUAGAUAACUCUCACCUUUUACAUAAUGUUUUAUAUGAUUUAAAAAAAAAUGAUGAAUAUAUACUACAUUUAAGUAUAAUAAAUUCUUUAAUAUCAUAUACAUAUAUGAAUGAAUCUAUAUUACAUUUUCUUAUAGAUUCACAUUCAAACAUUUUAUUAAAAACAAUACUUCAAUAUAUAAAUAAUAAAGAAAGUGAUGUUGAAAAAUUAAUUGUUGGAAUUAAAGCAUUUGGUUUCUUCUUUUCAUAUAAAGAAUCUUGUAAUCUUAUUUUGAAUUUAGAUAAAAAUGCUCAUUUAAUUGUUAUCAAUCAUAUAAGUACUCAUUCUAAUACUAAUGUCUUAUUACAUUCAAUAAAUAUAUGGUUAAAAAUUUUUACAUCUAAACCUAUGGAUGACACAUGGAUUAAAAAUAUUAUCCAUUCAGUUCUCUUGGAAAAAAUUAUUCUCAUAUUAAAAGAAAUUGAUGAUAACAAUAUACAAACCAAUAUUUUUAAAUUAUUACAAUUAAUGAUACCUUAUGAUAUUGUUACUACUAUUUUAAAUGAACAGUGGAUUAUUAAAGGUUUAAAUGAUACAUUGGAAAAUAAAACUUAUGACCUAAAAAUUAGUAGAUACAAUUUUUUUGUAGCUUUAUACAAACAUAACAAAGAUAUUAUUUCAGACAAUGCCUAUGCAGAUAAUUUAAUACGAAACUUUAUAGAACCAACUCCCAAAAGGUACUAA